CACCCGUACAUCUCUCGCCUCGCCUGGAGUGUUCACUUUUAGGAACGCAAGAGCUGCCAUACUCCAACACAGAAGAGAGUGGAAGGGUUUCUAGUCCUAAACCAAAAUCUCGCCUUGAUCUGCUACCAGACUCUGCUAGUUGAGCUUCCAUCUAGCAUUCUUCAGUGCAAAGUGCGGCGGAUCCGAAGUUCCUCUGCGCCGAAACCCAACUUCUUCUAGGGUUUCUCUCCUUACAGUGAAGUAAUAUGUCGCUCUCAUCUCAAACUCUUGAUAUUCAUGGCGAACGACAGUCCGGCCAGGAUGUCCGCGCUCAAAACGUCAUGGCGUGCCAAGCAGUUGCCAACAUCGUCAAAUCGUCCCUUGGUCCCGUCGGGCUUGACAAGAUGCUGGUCGAUGAUAUUGGUGAUGUUACAAUUACUAAUGAUGGUGCAACCAUUCUCAAGAUGUUAGAGGUGGAACACCCGGCUGCUAAGGUGCUGGUGGAAUUGGCUGAACUCCAAGACAAAGAAGUAGGAGAUGGAACAACUUCAGUGGUAAUAGUAGCUGCAGAGUUGCUAAAGAGAGCUAAUGAUUUAGUGAGGAACAAGAUCCAUCCAACAUCUAUUAUUAGUGGAUACCGACUUGCAAUGAGGGAGGCUUGCAAAUAUGUUGAGGAAAAAUUGGCCGUGAAGGUUGAAAAGCUUGGGAAGGAUUCUUUGGUGAACUGUGCAAAAACCAGCUUGUCCUCAAAAUUGGUUGCUGGUGACAGUGACUUCUUCGCAAAUUUGGUUGUUGAUGCUGUACAAUCAGUAAAGAUGACAAAUGUACGAGGUGAAAUCAGAUAUCCAAUCAAGGGUAUUAACAUUCUGAAAGCUCAUGGUAAAAGUGCAAGAGAUAGUUACCUGCUGAAUGGGUAUGCUCUAAAUACUGGGCGUGCUGCUCAAGGAAUGCCUACAAGAGUUUCACCUGCUAGAAUUGCAUGUCUUGAUUUCAAUCUUCAGAAGACAAAGAUGCAAUUGGGUGUACAAGUUGUUGUGACUGAUCCCAGGGAGCUUGAGAAAAUUCGUCAAAGGGAAGCUGAUAUGACCAAGGAGCGGAUUGGGAAACUUUUGAAAGCUGGAGCCAACGUGAUUUUAACUACCAAAGGAAUUGAUGACAUGGCUCUAAAGUACUUCGUCGAGGCUGGAGCUAUUGCUGUGAGGCGUGUCCGCAAAGAGGAUAUGCGCCAUGUUGCCAAGGCCACUGGUGCAACCAUGGUGGGAACGUUUGCUGAUAUGGAAGGGGAUGAGACCUUUGAUUCUUCACUUAUUGGGCAUGCUGAUGAAGUUAUUGAAGAGCGUAUUGCAGAUGAUGAUGUAGUUAUGAUAAAAGGGACAAAGACCACCAGUGCGGUUUCCCUGAUUCUUAGAGGAGCAAAUGACUAUAUGCUUGAUGAGAUGGAGAGAUCUCUGCAUGACGCUUUAUCCAUAGUGAAGAGGACCUUGGAGUCCAACACGGUGGUAGCAGGUGGAGGUGCUGUUGAGUCUGCCUUAUCCGUGUACCUGGAGUACCUUGCCACGACUCUCGGAUCACGAGAGCAGUUGGCAAUUGCUGAAUUUGCUGAAUCUUUACUGAUCAUACCAAAGGUGCUUGCUGUCAAUGCUGCUAAGGAUGCAACUGAGUUGGUUGCAAAGCUAAGAGCCUGCCACCACAAUGCACAAACAAAAGCUGACAAGAAGCAUCUCUCCAGCAUGGGACUAGACCUUUCAAAAGGUACUGUCCGUAACAACUUAGAAGCUGGAGUAAUUGAACCUGCAAUGAGCAAAGUGAAGAUUAUUCAGUUUGCCACAGAAGCAGCCAUAACGAUUCUUCGAAUAGAUGACAUGAUCAAACUUGUCAAGGAUGAUGGCCAGAAUGACGAAGAAUAGUCUUCUUAUCUGUUUAUUGUUGCACGGUGUUGGCCCCGAGAAUGGUAAAGAUUUUGUCAGCAGUGGUUCUCUUAGUUUCGUGUUGGAAGGAGACGUUGCUGGAAGAAGUUAGGGAGUUACAGUUGUUCUUCCUGCCGCUGUGUGUUUGGAGACAGUGCAGGAAAUGUCGGUGCUGACUACUCUGAAUUUUGUUGUCCUGAUUCUCGAUCAGUUUGUAUGAUUUUGUACUAGUGGAACUUAUCUUCAGAGAUGGAUGUAGUUAAUCUUUCUUGUAGAUUAUCAACCCACACCAAAAGCUCGUCUUUUGACCUCAAUUUUUCCUGUACUUGUUCACCAAUCCUUGGCGCAAGCAGAGUUGUUCUGUGGCCGGCUGCUGAUUGCACUUGUGAUAUCUGCGGACGCAUUCCAAAUUCGACCAAACCUGCCGAUGA